GGAAGUGUUGUGGCGACGAAGUUGAAUAAAAGCUGGGUCGGCGGUGACGGCGUCUGAGUGGAAAAUCGAAGUCACGACACGACCAACAGUUUCCACUUAGGCAAAUUGGCUUCGAUUUGUGAGUAAUCAUGGAGAACUUAUCGGAAAAGUGAAUCUUCCCCCUGCGAAGGGGUGGCACGGGUCAGGAGUGAGCGCAGGCUUCGGUGGCGGAGGCGCGAGACAGCGGCGAUGACAAUUUAGUAAAUUAAGUUUUGCUGGCGGGGUCGUCAUGGCGAUCGGCUUGUUGGGGGCCGUUGUGAAUGAAAUAUGCAUCGGGGCUGGGGUGAUGGACAGGCAGGAUAUGCAGGCAUUUACGCGCCUACGACUCACUGGCAGGAUGCCCUGCGUACUCCCACGUGCCGCGUGCGUCCUGUCCCCGACCUGCGACCGCGCGACCUGCACCUGUUGGCCCUGUCAGGCUGCGUCUGCCAGUAAACAUGACGCGCGAAUUGUGUGCUCGAGUGACGUCGAAAGUUCUGUAAACAUCUCUUGAAUUUUUAUUGGCAAUUUUAUCUUGUAUCGGCUGCGGCGGUAACGGUUCCGACGGCGACCAGGUCAGAGCCCCGAGCCCGCCUCGCGGUCUCGCGCCCGCUGCAUUCCAAAACACCUGAUUGUCGCGAUUUCGGGUCAGCCCCAGUCGUCCCAGUGCUCGUCGCUGCUUGGAUCGCGUUUUCAUAGUCCAUUGGCGGAUUGCAGCAAUUUGGUGACAAUUUAGUAAUUUCCAGCGCCCGGCGGGACCUUGGCAGCGCCAGCGCUUCGGCAUUGGAGUCGUACACACUGAAACGAAAUAAUGCCGAAAUGGAACGGAAUCCUGCUGCUGCGACAAAUAAUUACGGCUACUACAAGGAUCCAGUAAACUACACAUCACCGAACUCCACCUAUGGCGAUAUUUACCAACUAACAUAUCCAUUCGAAGAUGAACUUAAAGAUAAGAGAUACCAACUUUCAUCAGCAACGGGAGCAGUAUUGCAACAGACACAAGCACCGCAACAAGCGCAACCAGUUCCAAAUUUACAGUACCAUCAAAAUUACGCGAAAACAGAUUACCAUCAACAAACUUACAAGCCUAACGAAAAGCCCCAACCGGUAAUUAAUCCGUAUGCGAACUAUAAUUAUCAAAAUUACAAAGAUAGCACGCAGUAUACGCCGACGACGGGUUACUAUGAUCAGUACAAAUUCAACAUGGGCCUGGGAGUAUCCCCUGCAAGUUAUGGGAAAACUGGAAAAGAUACAAACUAUCAUCAGAACUAUAGUCCGGGAAUAUAUCCGGAUCCGAAGCUUGGCGCAUCUUCCUACUGUGAGGAUACAAACCUUGUAGCGAAGUCAAGUCUCGGUAAAUCUACGAAUUCCUCGCAAUUAUCGCAAUUUCCCGUGUAUCCGAACUGUUAUGGGUAUCCUCAACCAGCUUCUUUCCCCAAUCAAAAUUAUUGCUCAUAUGCACAAGGUUGUAAUGAUGAUGCUCGAAUGUUGUGGGAUGAAUAUCAGACCAAUCGAAGGUUAAUGUCAUCGUAUAUUCCGCCACCAACGACGGCCCCACCUGCAGCUGUGCAAACGCCGACAGUCCCACCUAUGCCACAAACAAAUUGUCCGCUGAAAAACAAUUACACUGAUUACUAUGGCUCAAGUGCGGCUUAUCACGCAUAUCACACAUCAGAGGGGAUGCGAACACGAGAGAAAGUCAUGUAUUCGAUGAAUUCGCAUGUUCCGUCGGACAGUUUGUAUAAUUCUCGAUCUAGAUGUUUGCCCGUGGAUUAUAAAUACCAUCAGGCGAUGUCUCAGAACAUGGUGAUCCCUCCAUACGAUCAUCGCUACAAUUACAUUGGUAAUGAAGCCGCACAAACUUACGACUAUUGCUCGCAGCGCCAAGAUAAUGGCUCAGCAUAUCAUCAUCCUGCUUAUGGCAAACCAGGUCUCGUUAACACGCCUGUUCAAAAACAUAUCAGAUCCACUGCUGCGAUGCCGAACGAUUUUUGCAAUUCUCAGCCAUAUUAUGUUUGUAAUGAUCAAAUGAGUACGGCUGAGUUUCAGGAUCCUUAUUCUCAACAAUGCUUGCGAGACACAAGGCAUACGAUGGGCUAUAAUAUGGGUGUAGUUCCAGGCGUUCGAAACAUAUCCACCUCGAAUGAGAUGAUGAAUAAAGACGCUAUAUAUACCCAGCCUUUAGAGGGAGGCUAUUAUGCCCACACCAAUGCACAUGCGAAUCAAGUGUCUUUGUCACAAAGCACCGUCUGUACCGAUAAAACCAAAUCCUCACUUGGGAAAGGCCAAAAUCUGCGGGAAUUCCUUUCUACGUGGAAUGAGGACGAGGAGGAUGGAGCUGAAAAGAUGGAUGAAAGUGAGAGCCAGCUGUACGUGCAGCAAACGAACAUAGAAGUGGAAAACACUUCGGGUGAAAAUCAUCUCCAGUUCAAGGGGUCGUUUAAUACUAGGCCCAAAAUUCAUGUCGGAAUCACUGUCGACAGCAAUGUGGCGAAUAAUCAGUACAUCAAUUUGCCAGAUAUCAUUAUUGAUAUCGAAAAAUCAAAAGACACUGAUCUCAUAUCACACUCGAUCGGAACCGCGCAGAGUGGAAAUGCUGAAAAACUUGUUGUGUUAGAAUCGGUAGAUGUACCAGUAACUGAUAUUGCGCAGUAUGGCAACAUUAGUCUAUUGGAGGCUCCGGUUGACCGUUUGCAUGAUCUCUCAACCGUGUCUGCACCUCUAUCGGAAGAGGUAGUAAUGUCAACUGAUGAAACUCAGGAGAAAGUUAUAGAAGACGUGCUGAUGGUCGAUGCAAGGGAAGUUCCCGAUGCUACUCCCGAGCCGCUGCUGGAAGUCCCGAAUGGUGCAUUGACCAAUAUCGCAGAAAAUGUUAUUGAGUCUGAGAAAAUCAAACAAGAUCGAGUAGAACCUGUGAAAACAACCCUAAAACUGAAACGACGGAAACGGAUAGUUAAGCCGAAAAUCGCAGAUCGAACGAAGAUCAAAUAUCGAAUGUUUGGGAAAAUUAUAAAGACAAAAAGUGGAAAAUCAAUUCGAAUCAGAAAAGUAAUGAAAAAUUCGAUGAAACGACGAAAUUUAUCAACAAAAAAGACAAUGCCUAUUGCAGCCACCUCAGAUCAUUCCAAAGAUCAACCCAAGAAAUCACCACAUUCCUUAUUCAAUCCGAAGACUCUUAAGGAUAUUUGUAUAAGUUUUUUCAAUUCCGAAUUUGGUCGGGAUUGGCUAACGAAGGAGGAUCGCGCCAGUCGCGUCGUCGUGUCGGACGAUCCAUCGUCGGGUGAACUGAAUCAACAAUCAAAACCAUCAGCUAUACCAAAACUAAGUGCACUUUGCGAAUACGCCUUAAACAAUUUUUACGAAGAGAAAAACAUUUUACUGUUAAACCUAGAUGACUUAGAUAGUAAUUUAUAUUUUAUUGAAUGUGAUAUUAAUGAAAAUGUUGUAAACACGGACGGGGGUAACUUAAAUGAAAGCGACUUCAUUGAGUUAUAUAUUGACGAUGAAUCCGAGGGCGAUGCCGCAUGUAAUAACAAUGCGAACGACUGCGAAAACGAUUCGAUGAUGGCAUCGGCGGAUGUUAAUGAUUCUAUUUGUAGUGGUAGUAGCAUAAUUAGCGCUAAUGAUGAUUGUAAUAUUUUAGAUGAUUCCCUGGCGGAAAUUUGUUUAACAUCCGAUGAAAAUUCAAGAGAUUUCUCUGCAAUACAUCAUGAAGAAAUCGUACCUGAUAACUUACAUGCAUUCGAGAAUGAAAGAUUGUUAAAAUAUCUUCAAAAUAAAUAUAUACAAAAGAGUAAUUAUUUAAAAAUAUUCAUAAUCGACAAAAUUUGUAAAAAAUAUAGAAAGUAUAUCCUGAAAAGACGGAAAGGUCAGAGGCAACAGUUGAAAGACGGAAUGACCAAAAAAUUGUUAUUAUCCAAGUUGAAAGAUAAAUUUAUAAAGCGGAGUAAACAGUUCAAAAUCGGCUCUUGUUCGUAAAAUUUUAAGGUUUAAGGGGGUUGGUUCGGCCUUUAAAGUAAUCUGUGUGCGACACUUGAAGAGGGCUUUAGAUUAAUUUGCAUUCCUGUUUUGAUUUUGAUUCGUACCCUUCGUUUUACUUUCACUUUUACAAAAUUUGCGGGAAAUAUCUGCUCAGAGUGAUGUAAACGGCAUUUAUAUAAGUGCCAAGUUGUUAUUUGUUUUAGUUUAGUACUUAAAUAACGGGAGUAAUGUGCGAAUAACGAGCAAAACUUGAGACUAAUCAAAAAAUUCAUAAAAAGCUCGUUCCGAUAGAGAAUUUCGCUAUAUUUUAAAAUUGUUCAUUUGGAUAGCUUUUUUUCUUUUUGCACUGAAUGAAUGUUGCACGUUUCGUCUCAUACUCUCAAUUUUUAAAUGGGCACCGGCAGUUAAUGAUUGAAAUUUAUGUGUUCCUAGAGGGAGGUUUUUCAAAUUUAAUUUGAGCUCAACCUGUCUUAAAUUAAAACCAAACCAAAAAGCUAUGCAUUCAUACGAAGAGUAAAUUAUCUUCAAGUAUUUGAAUCUCACUUUACCAAAAUAGUAAAAAUCAAAGGUUUGAUAGUUUUAAAUAACCAAAGAUAUACCGAUAUAAGCUGAAAUUAUAAUAUUUACAAAGCAUGAGAAUAUCCAAAAAAUGUAUUUAUUUGAAUGAACUAUUUUUGUCGGAUAAGUGUUUUAUCUAUUUUCCAAAAAAUGAUAUUUCAACGGAAACAACACUAUUAAGAAUGAAGCGUUCAAUGAAUCAUAUAUUUUAGGGUGUUUAUAAAGAGUUUGCAAUGCAAAAUGAACUUAAAGUUAAAAUCAAAAAACAUGAAAUCAAAAUAUUGCCGUUAAUUUUUAAACCAGAGAUGUAUUUAUUAUUGUAGUUAUUGUUUAUUGGUUUGAAUAAGACUUUUGAUUUAUUUUUAACGCUUUAUGUUAUAUAUAUAUAAUUGUAAGUACAAUGACAGGGUGAUGAUUAUCAGUUGCAUUUCUGUUUAAAAUGGUAGUUUCUUGUUAGUUUGUUAUGUUUUAGGUGGUUUUGUUAGAGGAUCUUUAUUUUUCUCCUUUUGUUUGCUGUAUUUGAAAUGUUGUGUAUAAAAAUGUGUGUAAUGGAUUCUUCGAGAGAAUUUAUAAAAAUUGAUACAUUCGA